AUGCCGAAUCCUCCAGAAUACGCCCAGGUGGGCGGUGUAUGGGACAGACUGUCAACAAAAAAGGAGCAAAUGCGGGAUGGCCUGAAUAAGCUUUUGGCAAUAAUGCCGUACGACAUCAUCACGCUGAACACAUGGAACAGGCUGAUCCCCCAUUGGAUGCAAAGUAUUUGUGAGAUAAUUGGUGACGACGAUUUCUCUGAAUUCAAAAUAAUGCUCAGGUGA